AUGGGAAGCAACACACCCUACUUCAUCGGUAUCGAUGUCGGCACUGGCUCUGCUCGUGCCUCUCUCGUCGCACAAAAUGGCGAGAUCAAAGCCUCCUCCACAAAGGACACCAUCACCUGGCGUGAUAAGCACGAUCACCGUAUCUUCGAGCAAUCAACGAACAAUAUCUGGGAGCAGAUCUGUACUGCAGUGAAGGAAGUCUUAAAGGAAUCUAACGUUCCCGCAACCGCAGUCAAGGGACUUGGCUUCGAUGCCACCUGCUCUCUCGCCGUGUCAGAUUUUGACGCGAAUCCGAUAACAGUGACCAAAGGAAAUGAUAUUGGAAAGAAUGGCGAUCGGAACAUCAUUCUGUGGGCAGACCAUCGCGCUGAGAAGGAGGCUGAACUCAUCAACUCCACUGGAUCCAUUGUCUUGAAUUAUGUUGGCGGAACCAUGAGUCUUGAGAUGGAGGUGCCCAAGAUUCUUUGGCUCAAGAAGCACAUGGAUCCUGCCCUGUUCGCCCGAUGCCAGUUCUUUGACCUUCCCGAUUUCUUCACAUACAAAGCAACUGGAGAUAGCACACGCUCCUAUUGCUGGCAGCCGGACUUCUUCAAUCGCAUUGGUCUCGGUGAACUCAUCGAUGAUGGCAACUGGAAGCAGAUGGGCACCGCCCACGGCCGAGUGCAGACUGCCGGAAGCCCAGUUGGUCAAGGCUUGUCUCGACAGGCAGCUCAAGAACUUGGACUUGUGGAAGGCACUGCUGUUGGAAGUGGUCUGAUCGACGCGUAUGCUGGCUGGAUGGGCACAGUUGCCGCUCGAUACACGGAGAAUGGUCAGCUCUCAGCUGUACUUCCCUCUCUCGACGAGUCUCGGCACCGUUUGGCCGCUGUUGCCGGAACUAGCACCUGUCAUAUUGUUCAGAGUCGAGAAGGUGUCUUUGUAAAGGGUGUAUGGGGCCCAUACAAGGAUGCAGCAUUUCCUGGUUGGUGGAUGAAUGAAGGGGGCCAGUCGUCCACGGGACAGCUUAUCGACUUCGUCAUCACCACUCAUAUCGCGUAUCCUGAACUCAAAGAACGUGCAAAGCAAGAGGGAAAGGCUAUUCAUACUGUCUUGCUGGACGUCCUCGAAAAAUUGCGCCACGAGAAUCACGUUGAUACCUACACGGAGCUUACGAAGCAUAUACAUUUCUAUCCCGAUUUCCAUGGAAACAGGUCUCCGAUUGCCGACCCUCGAAUGAGAGGCUCCAUUGUUGGUCUUGAGCUGGAAUCAUCCAUCGCCGACCUUGCUCGCAAGUACUACCUUACCCUCGAGGCUAUCGCACUUCAAACACGCCACAUUGUCGAGGCUCUCAACACGGCAGGGCAUGACAUCACGUCUCUGUAUAUGUCCGGUGGACAGGCAAAGAAUGUGGUAAUGAUGCAGCUCUUUGCGGACACGUGUGACAUCCCCGUGGUCCUGCCCAAGUCCCAUUCCGAGGCGGUUGUUCUCGGUGCAGCGAUGUUGGGCAGGAUCGCAGCCGAAGGUGUCAAGGUCGGAGAAGACAUGUGGAAGAUCAUGGUCGAAAUGACGCCUGCUGGUACCCUCGUGGCCCCCGGCGCUUCGCCGAAAGUGAAGAAGCUGUUAGAUGCCAAAUACAAGAUAUUCCGAGAGACGAUUGAUAUCCAGAAUCGGUGGAGACAGGAGAUCGAAGAAGCUAGCUGUUGA